UACAUUUUGUGAGAGAUGCACCAUAGCAUUUCCCUUAUGAUUCGGAGGGCGCCGCCGGCCGCUGUGACCCACAUUUUCUGCAGAGCUCCAUAGCUCGCUCGCUGUAAAACGGACCACAGCGAGAGAACGAGAGAGAGAGAGAGAGAGACUUUGAGGAAUCGAGGAAGAUACUACAAGAAAACCCUAGACCUCUCUUCUCUGUGUUUUAAGCGCCUCCUCUCAAGAAGGUGAUGCGUUUGGAGCUCUCACUGUGUGUUUUGAUUGCAAACCCCAACUUCUCUUAUUUGUCGAAAUAACUUCCUUUGAUUUAUUUGAGAAACUCAUUAGCUCUUUGAUAGAAUUGUUUAGUGACAUUUUUUUUUAGUCAAUUAAGGAAUGGAAAUUGCAAUGCAUUUGUUUGGAGUCCAAACUCCUCAACCUGCUUUUUCAAGGAGACAUUUGGAUUGCCAACUUCUGUCAUCCCAGAAGCAUCUUCAUUUUGCUACAUCUGUGGCUUCUGCUUCUGGAUUACGUUGUAGAAUCGUACAGAAUUGUCGUAGUUGGAGAGUUUUAAGAGUGAGUUGUGAGGAAAGAAUUGUUGAUGUACUUAAGAGGAACAAAACCAAAAAUCAAAUUUGUGAUGGGGCCUUGAAUGAGCUGACAUGCGUCAUGAAGUUUGGUGGAUCAUCGGUGGCCUCAGCUGACAGGAUGAGAGAGGUUGCUGACCUUAUUCUUAAAUUCCCAGAAGAAAAGCCUGUGAUAGUUCUUUCAGCUAUGGGAAAGACAACUAACAAACUUUUACUGGCUGGAGAAAAGGCCGUCAGUUGUGGCAUUUCCAAUGUCUCUGAUAUUGAUGAGUUGAGCUGUGUGAAAGAAUUGCAUCUCAGGACUAUGGAUGAGCUAGGUAUUGACAAGUCCACUGUUUCAACACUCCUAGAAGAAUUGGAUCAACUUCUGAAGGCAAUUGCUCAAGUCAAAGAGUUGACUUUACGCACAAAAGACUACUUAGUCUCAUUUGGGGAGUGCAUGUCAACAAGAAUUUUUGCUGCAUAUUUAAAUAAAAUUGGUGUUAAAGCUCGCCAGUAUGAUGCAUUUGAUAUUGGUUUCAUAACAACAGAUGACUUCACAAAUGCGGAUAUUCUGGAAGCAACUUAUCCAGCUGUUGCAAAGAGGUUACACAGUGAUUGGAUUAGUGAUCCUGCAAUUCCUAUUGUUACUGGCUACCUUGGAAAGGGCUGGAGAUCUUGUGCAGUGACUACAUUGGGUAGGGGUGGCAGUGAUUUGACAGCCACAACCAUUGGUAAAGCACUUGGGUUGCAAGAAAUUCAGGUGUGGAAGGAUGUUGAUGGUGUUUUGACAUGUGAUCCUAAUAUAUAUCCACUCGCAGAACCUGUGCCACAUCUAACAUUUGAAGAGGCAGCAGAGCUUGCAUAUUUUGGUGCUCAGGUCCUGCAUCCACAGUCCAUGAGGCCAGCAAGAGAAGGUGAUAUUCCUGUCAGGGUUAAGAAUUCUUACAAUCCUAAGGCUCCAGGUACACUCAUCACCAGAUCAAGAGAUAUGAGUAAGGCAGUACUAACUAGCAUUGUCGUGAAACGGAAUGUGACCAUGUUGGAUAUUGUAAGCACUCACAUGCUUGGUCAAUUUGGUUUCCUUGCCAAGGUAUUCUCAAUCUUUGAAGAUUUGGGCAUAUCUGUAGAUGUUGUAGCUACAAGUGAAGUUAGUAUUUCCUUGACAUUGGAUCCAUCAAAGCUCUGGAGCAGAGAACUGAUUCAGCAGGAGCUUGACCAUGUUGUGGAAGAACUUGAAAAAAUUGCAGUUGUAAAUCUCCUUCAGCACAGAUCAAUCAUCUCUCUUAUUGGGAAUGUUCAAAGGUCGUCACUGAUAUUAGAGAAGGCUUUUUGUGUUCUUCGUGCCAAUGGGGUCAAUGUUCAGAUGAUAUCUCAAGGUGCAUCCAAGGUUAACAUCUCACUGAUAGUACAUGAUAGUGAAGCAGAACAAUGUGUGAGGGCUCUGCACUCUGCCUUUUUUGGGAGUGAUAUCUCCGAAGUAGAUCGGGAAUGUGGAUCUCAGAAUGUUUCUGUCCCAAUUUUGCGAAAUGGAUGUUGACUGGUUUCUGGACCGUGAUCAAAUAUAAUUGUUGUCUUUCUAGAUAUGGUUACAUUUUAAGCCUGGUUCACUAUUACCGUAGUUUAAGCUGUAGUAUGGGAACUAUUCAUGGAUCUCAGACAUAUUUAAUGUCUUGCAACGUCUUAGAUUCCUGUGGUUGUUUCAUAACUAGAUCAAAGUUUUUUUUUU